AUGAGGGGUACUAGCACUGUGAGGGGUACUAGCACUGUGAAGGGUACUAGCACUGUGAGGGGUACUAGCACUGUGAAGGGUACUAGCACUAUGAGGGGUACUAGCACUGUGAAGGGUACUAGCACUGUGAAGGGUACUAGCACUGUGAAGGGUACUAGCACUGUGAGGGGUACUAGCACUGUGAGGGGUACUAGCACUGUGAAGGGUACUAGCACUGUGAAGGGUACUAGCACUGUGAGGGGUACUAGCACUGUGAGGGGUACUAGCACUGUGAGGGGUACUAGCACUGUGAGGGGUACUAGCACUGUGAAGGGUACUAGCACUGUGAAGGGUACUAGCACUGUGAAGGAUACUAGCACUGUGAAAGGUACUAGCACUGUGAAGGGUACUAGCACUGUGAAGGGCACUAGCACUGUGAAGGGUACUAGCACUGUGAAGGGUACUAGCACUGUGAAAGGUACUAGCACUGUGAAGGGUACUAGCACUGUGAAGGGUACUAGCACUGUGAAGGGUACUAGCACUGUGAAGGGUACUAGCACUGUGAAGGGUACUAGCACUGUGAGGGGUACUAGCACUGUGAGGGGUACUAGCACUGUGAGGGGUACUAGCACUGUGAAGGGUACUAGCACUGUGAAGGGCACUAGCACUGUGAAGGGUACUAGCACUGUGAAGGGUACUAGCACUGUGAAGGGCACUAGCACUGUGAAGGGCACUAGCACUGUGAAGGGCACUCUCAUUAUAAAUCACCAGAGACCUCAUUAUAUAUUAAAAAUCUAA